AUGCCACAUUCAGCGCCGGUGAAAGAGCAAUUCAAUGACCUUCUCACAAUUAGCCGUGACGCACUCACUACUCUUGCCGUUGAGGUCCGCCGAAAGCAAACUAUCGACACAUUUACAACUGCAAGUGUGCUCUUUUGUCAUGAAGGCAGCCAUAAUGUCAUUCAUGUGGUCGAAUUUGACGACCAGGUGCGUUAUAUCAUCCGCCUACCCAUCAGCUGCCGUCCAGGGCACUGCACCGAGACUGCCAAAAGUGCCUUGAUUGCGAAGGUGGAAAUGAUGCAAUUUAUCCAAAAGCGAGCCCAUUUCCCCAUGCCAGAAGUGUACGAUUUCGAUGUCUCAUCAGAAAAUGUCUUGGACACACCGUACAUCGUUGAGAGUUUCGUCCCAGGAACAUUGGUCUCGGAUGCCUGGUUUGACGACUCAGGGGCACUGUCAUUGGACCAAAAGCGACUGCGCAUACUGGACAGUGUCGCAGAGACUAUGGCAAAGCUGCACAGAUUUUGCUUCGACGGAAUUGGUACGUUGGGACCGGAUGUGCAUGGCGAUCUUCGGGUGCUUCCAUGCUACCAUUCGCGGAAGGGAUCAGGGACUGAUGUGCAGUAUGCGGAGUAUGGUCCUUACGAGUCCACUGUAGACUUUCUGCGUGAGCGUCUUCUGAAAUCACCCUCUGGGGCAGAAGAAGAAGAAGGUCCAUUCGACGUUGGCUGUCUUAUAAUGCUGGAAAUGAUGAUCAGAUGUAUGCCGUUGUCGACGAGCCAGAAAGACGAAACGGAUGAGACAUUCGUGCUUGCAGUGCCACAGUUUGGCUCCACGAACAUCCGUGUCGAUGAACAGUGUAAUGUGAGUGGAAUUAUUGACUGGGAUGAGGUGCAUACCAUGCCACGGUUCCUGGGCUAUGCUACAUUCCCUAAAUGGAUCAUGAGGGAUAUGGACCCAGUAGAGCAUGGAAAGUCUCUGGAUACUCAAGAGGAUUCGGCAGAGCGGUUGAGAUGGUACCGGCUGCUAUAUAAUCGCAAGAUGCAGGGACUUCUCAAUAAGGUCGGCGAUGCGAGAUUUGUGAAUAAAACACAUAUCUUCGCGUCGAUCCUGCUUGCCAUCGACAAUCCCGCGGCUCGAAAGGACAUUGUGCAGGCACUGGUUGCAAAGGUAUUUCCGGCGAAACUGGAAAAGGCAACACGUUUGAUCGAGAAUGCAGGCAAUGGAGAACUCGGGCGGCAGGAUAGAGAGCGACUCCGGGAAGGCUUUGACUUGCUUCUUUCGAUUUCACGAUAG